GACUUGACUUCACUCACACAGGUGCUCCAGGUAACCUGCCGUACUGGUUAAGUUGUGUGUGUGUGUCAGUAGUCUCUCCACAAAGUCAAAGAGGAGGACGUUAACGUCAUUCUUAACGUCUGCGCGAGCUCUCGUCGUCUUUGGUUCAUGUGUUUGUUUGAAGAUUUUGUUUGAAGAGCAAUAUUUAUUUAACGUUACCGCCUGCGACCUGCAAAAGAACAAUUCACCAUCCUCCGGGGACUUUGUAUCUCUCACAGUAAGGUCUUCUGCACCUCUUAAAAUGAACUUCCUCUUGGAGACUCUUCAGUUGAUAGUGUUAACCAUCUACUACCACCUGGAAUUCCUUGUACAACUCUUCGUCCCUCAGAGGAAGAAAGAUGUGUCCGGAGAGAUUGUGCUCAUCACUGGGGCAGGCUGUGGCAUUGGCAGACUGAUGGCCAUUGAGUUUGCCUCACUGGACGCAUCACUGGUGCUGUGGGACAUUAAUGUGGAUGGUUUGAAAGAAACUGCAAGGCAGGUUAAAGAAAAAGGAGCGUCAAGGGUACAUUACUAUCAGUGUGACUGCAGUGAUAGAGAUGUGGUCUACCGAGUGGCAGAUCAGGUAAAAAGUGAAAUCGGCGACGUCACCAUACUAAUAAACAACGCUGGAAUAGUCGGUGGUAAUAAGUUCAUGGACACUUCUGAUGCAGUUGUUGAGAAGACACUCAGAGUUAAUGCAAUGUCCCACUUUUGGACAUAUAAAGCAUUUCUGCCCGCCAUGAUAGACAAGAACCAUGGACAUCUGGUCUGUGUUGCUAGUUCUGCAGGCUUGAUAGGUGUCAAUGGACUGGCAGAUUAUUGCGCAAGCAAGUUUGCUGCUGUGGGUUUUGCCGAGUCUAUGGCAUAUGAGCUGAUAUCUGCGGGGAAGGAUGGAGUCAAAACCACAAUCGUCUGCCCGUACCUCAUCAACACUGGCCUGUUUGAUGGCUGCAAUACAAAGUGGCCUCGACUGCUGCCCACAUUGGAGCCAGAAUAUGUUGCUAAGAGGAUUGUCAAUGCCAUUCUGACAGACCAAGUUUACCUUUUACUUCCAAAGACCUUAUACUUGUUAAGGGCUAUAAAAGGUUUAAUCCCAUUCAAGCAAUCAGUUGUCCUGGGUAAGUACUUGGGGGCCUUCAAUUUCAUGGAUGCUUUCAGAGGACGGGAAAAGAAGAGAGACUAAAUGUAAUGAAGCAAAUUUCAUUAUAUUUUCAUGCUUUGUAUAUUAACACUUGUGAUUUUUCAUUAUUUGUAACUACCUCUGCCAAACAGGUAUUUCAUUAUAUCAUAAAAUCACAUUACAUACUGUAUUUUGAUAUUGGGGGAAGAUAAUUUUUUUUAUAAUAAUGUCAUAGUUAGGAUCUAAUGUUGGCCUCAAUUCAAAAGCAAGAUAUAUAUGAUAAUGCCAAUAACAACAAUGUCAGAUGUAGGCCUAAUUGUGCUAUAGUGGUACACAUGACUGAAUAAGUGUGAAAUAUUUACAUUUUGUUAAUUGUGUUUACCCCUGUUUGUUCCAGAAAUUGUUCUGUAAGUUCUGUUUUCUUCUUCUUAAGCUGUCAAAAAUAACAGUGUGCCAAUUUAGUUUAAUAAGAAUUUAAUUAUGCUGCUGGGACUGUUUUGUUUGAGCUUUGAUAGACUGCUUUUAGGCUUGCAAAAUGACCAGCUCUAGUUUUAAUGGAUAGGAUCCUAGAUUUGCAUGCAUAUGGCACCAUCUAGUGUUGUUAAACAUUGUCUGUGAUUAUUAUAACUGCCUCUCAAAGAGAAAACUGUUUUCCUAGACAAACAAGUAUUGCAUUAAUGUUAAAUGGUGUAGGUCUGUCUGCAAACCUUUUAACCAUGUGUUUGUAAUAAAUAAAAGCAACUGGCUCUGAA